CGGCGGCUCGAUAUUUCUCCUCAAACAUCCCCGCUUGAUUAGGACGAGAAAAUUCUUGGCGUUUUCCUGCCGCUGAAGAGGACUGGUGAGGCUGUGCACGAGAAAGACGCUGCAAAAUGGCAAGUAGGAAGGCCAAGAAGAAGGCAGGACCGAAGCAGCGCGCUGCUCGUGCCACCUCCAACGUCUUCGCUCACUUCGACCAAAGUCAGAUCCAGGAAUUCAAGGAGUGUUUUAUGCUCUGUGACGUCGACCACAAUGGCUUCCUGGAAAAGAGUGACCUUGUUGUGGUGUUUGAGAGGCUUGGCAAGUCGGUGACUGACAAGGAUCUUGACGCCAUGAUUGGACAGGCCACCGGUCCUAUCAACUUCACCAUGUUCAUGACCCUCUUCGGCGGCAAACUUCAAGGUUCGGACAAGGAGGAAGUUCUGUUAGAAGCGUUUGAAAACUUAGACGCAGCAGGAACUGGGAUACCAAAAGACAGCUUCAUCACCCUGGUCUCGACUGCCGGGGAGAAGCCGUUCACUAAGGAGGAGGUGGCGGAGACGCUGAAGGUCCUGCCCAUGGACGACAAGGGCAACAUCAAGUACCGGGAGUUCGUCCGGAUUCUGAAGGGAGGAGAGUAACAGGCUCACGCCGGGAGAGCAUCACAGGGAGCCGGAGAGAGUGCGGGAGGAAAGAGAAGAUUGUCGUCGUUUGUGGGGAGUUUGAUGCCAAUUUUACACUAGUCAACUCAUUUUAUGUAUGUGUAUAGCCGGUAUAACCGCCCUACGGCGUAAGACACCAGCUAAACAGGGAAUUCGUCCGGAUUCUGAAUUUUCAGUUCUGAGGUCCGCCAAGCUGAGGCACAGUUGUUCAAAGAACCAAGAAGAUCGCAUUUGUGUCUUAGAAAGAAAAACACAUCAUAUAUAGACAGGAGAAUAAUGUAUAUGGGUUAUUGUGAUAUCUGACGAACUGUAGUCGUUUUCUUAGACCCUAGCGACGCAGACGUGCAUGACACGGUGAUCAGAUGUAGAUAGACUUAACAUGUGUAAUUUGAAGCUUGUUUAAGUUGUACACCACAUUGCCUAAUCGUCAUUUUUACACCGAGGACGGUACUAUGGGAGUCAAAUAAACCCUUUAACAUUGAA